UACAACCCCCUCCAAUACGUACACAAAUUUAACUCUCGCAUCCAAAAUUCAAAAUCCAAAGCACCAAGCCAACACCAUCGUCCCAAAUAAAGGCAAGAGCCACCAUAGUCAUCAUCAUCACCACUCCGUCCACGUACGUAACCUUCCCCUCAUCUCCCACCACCACCUCCAGGCUCCAUCUCCAUCUCCAUCUCCAUCUUCUUCCUCAAGGAGAAUGGCUCUUCCCACGGAAGAGAUGAAGACCAAGGCCGAGGUGUACCACGGCGACGAGAUCUGCCGCGAGAAGCUGAACCUCCUCCUGGCGGAGAUCGGCCUCCCCAACGGCCUCGUCACGGCGUCCCAGGAGAUCGAGGAGUACGGCUUCGUCAAGGCCGUGGGGCUGGUGUGGCUCAAGCACCGGAAGAAGGCCGAGCAGAAGGUGGCCGACAAUGUGGUCGUCUCCUACGACACCGUGGUGUCGGCCUACGUCGAGCCCCACCGGAUCCGCAAGCUCCGCGGGGUGAAGGCCAAGGAGUUCCUCAACGUCUGGGUGAAGCUGAGCGAGAUCCACGUCAACGACGGCGAUGCGGGCGGCAAGCCCGCCACCGCCGAGCUCAUGAUCACGUUCAAGACCCCGGUGGGGCUCUCCCGGUCGUUCCCGGUCUCGGCGUUCGAAUAGCGCCGGCGCCGGAGGUGGUGACAAUUGGUUGGAACAGGGGGCCAAAAACGCAAAAGUAUUGAAUUGUUGCUAAUUUGUACAAAAAGAAGGUACCCAAUAACACUAUUAUCUCUAAUUUGAUUUAUUUAAAAA